AUGGAUCAAUACUUCCCAAAUCCGAUGCCUCUCCAAAGGAGGUUAACCAAAAUCUAUACCGAUACCAAAAAUAUUUAUGAUUUCAUCAAAGAGCCCGUCAGAAACGUCGAAGACCAUGAACUUCAAUCAUUACAUCGAAAAUUACGCAUUCAACAAAGUCGUUUGGUCUCGUGGGGAUUGGAAUGGUCGGAUCCUUCACAGUCACCUGAUAUCGAUGAAUCAGUAUCCAAAGCUGGAUUGUCUGAAAUUGUCGGAAAUGUCAUGUCAACGAUCAAGGAAAUCUUGGCCGAAGCUGAACCAUUAUGGCAAUCGUCCAAAAGGUUGACAUCGGACGAGAGGCCAUCGGAAAAAUCGGAAAAGAGUGCUCUGAUUCAAUGGGAUAAAACGAGGUUUGAGGAUUUGAUUCGAGAUUUAACCAUGUCUAUUGAUACGUUAUAUGAUCUAUCAAAAACACGUCAAUCAGCAAGGACUGGUCUACAGACCUCGGAAGCAUCAAGCUCCAAAGACAACUCUUCAGGAUUCGAAGAAAGACAAUUCGAAUCAACGAGAAUGUCAGCACCACAGCAAAUAGACCCAGCAACAUUGAUCUGGACAGGAAAUCAAAUCAUUGCUACUCGUGGUACCUCGAGGUCAAUAUCAAACAACACAUUGAGACAGAUAGUUUUGAUGAGGAGAUCGGUCAAUUCUUCGGAUUUGAGGCAAGCCAUUGAUCAACCUCCUGAUCCGAUUCCGGUCUUGGUCGAAUAUGCCCCGUAUGAUCCUAUCUAUUCGGUUACCGGAAUCACUCCAUCUAUGACUCGAUUCGAGAAACUUUUUGCUGGACUCUCACAGGCUUAUUAUUCAUCAGAUCGAUUACUCGUCGGUUUACUUCGUCUCAUUGGAUAUUACGAAGAUGCAGAGCAUUCGAGAUUUUGUCUAUUAUUUGCUUUACCCACAAAUUUUGGACCAAUGGACAUUCAAAGCCCAACUUUACAGAUGCCCAUAAUAAGCUCCUUGUCUGAGCUUUUGAUCAGUCCUGCAUUCGAACCCAACCUAGAGGUCAAGUACAGGUUGGCCUACAACAUAGCCAAUGCUGUGUUUGAUCUACACUCAAAAGGCAUUGUUCAUGGCAAUCUACUUCCUUCCAAUGUUCUCUUCAUUGAACAUCCUACCCCACCACGCGCUUUUGAUUUGACCCAGGUCAAUAUGCGGCAAUCAUAUCUAGGCUCCUAUGAUUUAUUUUCGGAUACAGCUACGGACUCCGGUCCAAGUUUUGACUCUGCUAGUAUGUUGUACAAGCAUCCCCUGGAUCCGAGGAGUACCAAAUAUACCAAUCUAUCUCAAGAAAGUAAAUCCUUGGAUUUAUACAGUCUUGCGAUGAUUCUUCUCGAAAUUGGUCUAUGGAGUUCUUUAUCCGAACUUUUUCCAAGGGCAUCCCAAGUCCCUUCAAACCCUACUGAAGUUCUCAAACGUCUCGCAUCUAGAUGUGGAAAUAUCUAUGUCAAAGCAGUGAAAGCGUGUUUGAGUGCUCCUGAAGGAGAACUUUCACGAAAAGCAAGACCAGAUGUUAUGCAUCAAAAAGUCUUUUGGCGUGUAUCGAAAGCACUCAAUACUUGUUGUUCACUUGACGAUGUUUCGGAUGAUGAUAGUGAAAGAAGUGAUGAGCCAUCACUCGUACCUACACCUGUAAAGAUUGAAGUCCCAUCUUCUUCUAUCAAGGGAUAUCGUGAACGAAGAGAUGCAAAGAUUGAUAUUACUGCUCCUCAAGAACCAGAAAUCAAUUGGGGCGAGAAACCGAUCCGUGAAAAAUCGCCUCAAAAAGCUACUGUUGAGUGGCCAGAAAAGAAAUCUUCUGCCAUUGAACCUAUCAAGUCGAAACCCAAGCUCAAGACGUUCCCCGCUAUUCGGAUUAGUCAGGAGCAUAUCAAUUUGUGGCAUACAAAUAUUAUGCCACACGUCAACCACGUGCUUCGAAGUUUUUAUAAAAAAUAUCCCGAAUCAGUCGAAAUCUCUCUCGAAUCAGUUGGUGAAUCGUCUACGAAAACGAAACCUACCAUUCUCGUCAUAUGUACAAGUGUCAAUAAGGUUCGAAGUAUAUUGAAGAAGAGUCUUGUUUAUGACAAAGCUACAUAUGGCUUGAAAGUUUGUCGUGGAAAGGUUGUAAGAGCGAGAAAUGGUGGUGUAAAGAGAAGCAUGGCACAUGGUGAUGAGCUUGAAGCGAAGAAUACUGAACAUCAAGAACGUCCCAAGAAUGGUGCUAGUAUGGGGGCAUAUAUCAAUGAUCAUCAUCUUCCACCUGUUUCCUUUGGAGGUCUCGUUACAGUUGAUGACAGACCUUAUGGAAUGUCUGUUCAUCAUAUGUUAGAUGAUCCUUCUGACAACGAUGAAGAAGAACAAGUUCAACCAUCAAAACCAAUUCUCCGCUCUUCAGCUCGCCCUCAAGCCCUUCCUCAGUACCUUGAAAUGCCAGAUUUAACACACUCGGAUACAUCUUACUACUCGAGCGGUGAUGAAGAAUACAAUUACAGUUUUACAGAUUAUUCAUCUUCUGGCUCAUCAUUCGAUUCCGACUCAUCUCCUUAUGCCUCAGAGGAUGAAGAUGAUUCCGAUGGCGAAUUCCCUACUCUUGAACCAGGAGAUAUUCCUCCUAUUCCGGUCUCUUCAUCAAACGUUCACAAUUAUCCAAUCACUCAACCAGCUAUCGAUGACAUUGAUCCUGAUUUUUAUCCUGAUCCCGAAACUAGAGAUGAGGAUCAUUUAGAUUCAUGCUUGCUGGGCAGUGUUUAUACAAGUUCCGGAAUCCGUCGAUUAGCUCAUGAAAAUAUAACUCAUGAAAUUGAUUGGUGUCUUUUCGAAUUUGAAGAACAUCGUCUACCAGAUCUUUCUUCCUCAAUGUCUCUAACAACACAACCGACAGGCGUAGUACCUUUAACAGAUCUUCCAGAUCUACCAGUGAAAUGUACAGCUAGAACAAGUGGUACGCAAACUGGACGGAUACUUCCUUCAAUGUCUAUUCUCAAAAUUUUUGGUCGGAAAACUCCAUCUAUGAGUUGGCAAGUCGCGGGUAAAAUUGGGGUUCCAGGUGAUAGUGGAGCAUGGGUUUUAGAACGAGGAGAUGAUAUCAGUACAGGACCAGGCAAUAGUAGUGGAAGAAUUGCUGGUAGUGUAUUAGCAUGGAGUCAACGCAGAAACGUCGGAUACAUUUGUCCCAUGUGGAUUAGUGUCUUGGAUAUGGCAAAUUCUUUGAAUUGUGAAAAUAUUGGAUUGCCAGGUGUUGAGAUACCUAUUUGGAGUAAGGUUUCUGCAAGAAGGGAAAGAGACACUAUCUCGCCUGUUCUUAAGAAAGCCUUUAGUUUUACGAGUGACAGGAAUAUUGGUGGUUGGGAUAGUGAAGACGAAACACAUAAUUUGGGAGACAGUAAACCUCAAAGUGGAAGUUAUCCAGUGGUCAUCGAUGAUGAUCUUGCGGAUGAUGAAGAUGAAUUAUCGGGAGUUUUAGGAAAUGUAAAACAUGUGGGAUCGGAUCAUGAGUUUGAAUAUGCAGAUCAUGAUGAGUAUGAUGAUGAUGAUGAAUCUUAUGAUGAGGAAGAAGAGAGGGAAUAUUGGAGUCGCUUCAAAGCCGCAAGUGUUAGUCCGGAACGGGUAAAGGGAAAAGAUGCAAAUGAUGAGCAUGAAUAUCGACAUGAGCUGGCGGGUGACGAGCAUCAAUGUCGACAUGAGUUUGCGAAUCAUGAGCAUCAAUAUCGAAAUGAGUUUGCAAAUGAAUACGAUCCAAAUCCUCAAGGGAUUGAAUAUCAACAUUCGCAUGAAAAAGAAGUUUUGAUCUCAAGCGAAGAAGAACCAGAACUUUUAGCUACACUCGGUCAACCUUCACGAAGAGGAAGAGGAUUUGGAGUCAGAACUUUUAGUGGUGAUAAGAGUUUGGAAAUCGAUAUGAUGGUAGGAGGACUCAAAGGUCUGAAUAUUGAUGGGAAUACAAUGCCAGGGGAAAAUACAGUCUUUAGUAUGGAUGGAAGUGCGAUUGGAGAUUUUACGGUUGGUGGAGCGGGAGAAUUUGAUGUGGGGGGAAGUGGACAGAGGAGGGAAACGAGGAGUAGGGGAAGUGGGAGUGCGCAUUCGGGAACGGGGAGUUUGGGAAGUUUGAAUGGGAUGGUGCAGGGCGGUGGGAAUCGGCAACGGGUUGGGGUUAGGAGUUAG